AGUUUGAUUGGGUGGUUUAUCUGCUUAUACGCAGUGACAUACAUCUAGAUCAUGAUUUGCCAUUUAUAUCAACCAUUCUGCUUCUCAGACCUUACAAUCACUGUGGAAUGAGGGAUGAAGUGGUUUUUUGCCUUUAUUGGUAGCAGUGCAACUGUGGGUGUGUAGGUCUGAAAAACAAAGGCAAACUCAAUGAUGUCACGUGUAAACGAUUGAGAACGGUUUGGGAGGGCUUUGCUCUACUUCCUCUUUGCACUAUAGAUAUAAAGAUAAUUCAGAAGACUGUGGUUAUAAGCUGCAUCACAAACCAAAGGAAAUAGGACUCUGUCAUGCAGCGCAUUUUGAUAUUCAUUAUUUCUUGGUGUUUGAUAAAUUAUUUAAACAUUUUAGCCAGUCCUUGUAAAACCACUACUAGGAGAGUUGAGUCAUUUCGGAAAAGGGAAUGCACACGAUGGUUUUUGGGAUGGUGUACCCAGUAUACGUGGAUGUGGCGAUAUAGGGAGACUUACUCACAAACCUGUUGUCCUGGAUACGGCGGAAGUGACUGUCAACCUCUCUGUAACGGGAAUUGUCGUGGACGCGGCACGUGUAUUGCACCAGACAAGUGCAGCUGUCGAGGGGGUUACACGGGAAAUGCCUGCCAAACCCCUGCAUGUAGUCCUCCAUGUCAACACGGAUCCUGCACUCGGCCUGGUAUCUGUACAUGUUAUGGAGGGUACACCGGAUGGAGCUGUGAAAACCCCGUAUGUAAUCCAACUUGUCAGCAUGGGGGCGUCUGCGUGAGUCCAAAUACAUGUCGCUGUCCAUCACGCCAAUACACGGGCCCCAACUGCAAUAUACCUGUUUGUGAUCCACCAUGUUUAAAUGGGGGAACUUGUUCAAGUUCAAGAAGAUGCCAAUGUCCCAAUACCUACACAGGAACAACUUGUCAAACACCGAUCUGUCAGUCACCAUGCCAAAAUGGCGGUAAAUGUGUAUACCCGGAUGUGUGUGUAUGCACCAGUACACAUACAGGAGACAGUUGUGAGACGCCUCUGUGUUCCUACCAAUCGCCCUGCUUCCCCGGCACGUGUAAUAACUCGGUAAAUUGUCAAUGUCAUCAAGGGUUUACUGGGAGGGAUGGAACUGAACGCUGUAAAACAAUGACGUCAGAGAUGAGUCCAAUUAUUACGCAAUGUACCUCCAUUCUCGCUUAUGUGGAAAGAACUGGUAAGAGGAGGGAACUGUACCGAUUUGUAACAGAUUCCUCUGAACCAAACUCUACAAAAGUGGAUACAAUGUGGGUCAACCAAAAUGAUUACAACUAUAUCAACGUCACUUUUGCGGCCAUUUCCUCGGCACCAGACAACGUUGCGGUUCCUAAAUAUGUCAAACAGUUUAAAAUGGGAAUCAUUUCCGGAGGAAUAAACCUUACUCUUCAUAAAGUAGGAAGAACAGAUAAGAACAAACCCUUUAUAAGUCGGAAUGAUACCAUAGUCUGUGAAAGCAAACCGGGUCAGCUCAGUCCCAAUGAUGAUGUAUUUCACUGUAACUACACAGAUGUAAACUUUGACAGACAGCUAGAAAAUGGAGACAAUUUAACCCUGACCGUUUUUACUGAGAACGGGGGCUUUAGAGAAUUGAUAGGGUCAUCUUUAAACAAGGACUUCUUUAUCGGGCGGAUGUCUACAAAAUCUACAAUGUUUCGGUUUGAUUUGGUGAAGCCAUAUCAUUGUCUUCUAGACCGGGCUUGUGAGACAACAGCUUUUGAUGUAUCAGAGGAUAUUACAAAGUCACCUUUGGAAUUAUCAUGGCAAAACUGGGAAGAUGAGCUUUCUGGAAUCCAAGAAUACAAAAUACAGGUGUAUCAGCUAAAGCUGAACACAACCAACCUAGCAGAACCGAAUCCCUGGCGUCCAGAUGAGGAAAUAUCCCUGACGCCAUUGGAAACAAGUUACACCUAUACCCCUAAGAGGGCAGGGAUGUAUUCCUUGGUACUUAAUGUAAUAGACAAAGCCAACAAUACACAGUACGCCCGCACCUUGGUCUUAUAUGAUCCCAGUUCAAAUAUUACUCUGUCUGAACUACCAUUCAAGGCAGAAAGUGCAGCAUCUGAAACUAACUAUCAGUGGCAGAAUAAUCUCAGCAACAACAUAAUUAUGUCGUGGAAAGGACACUUCCAAAACAAAUUCCAUGACGACAAUAAACUUUUAAAUCCAGUAACACAUUAUAGACAUUUCCAUUAUGAAGCAAAAUAUGAAAAACAAGUUCCAUACCAACUUGAUGAUAACUCAGGGAAAAGAACACUUGCGGAGAUCCGGAAUGUUCACGGCAUCGUGAAAUUUGAAUAUUUCUACAGACAUGGCAAUCAGGGAGAUAAAACCCCACAAACCUGGUAUAGGGUGAAUGAUACAUUUUCUGAAACACAGACGUUCAACAUUGAAAGAAAAGAUGGCGAUACCAUUAAUUUCUGGGUCAAAGCCACUGACAUCAUGGGGAAUACGAAAGUCGACUUGUCAAAGAUAUUCUUCGAUUCAAGCUCACCAAAGAGUUUAAAACCCUCUGAUGUUACAUUUACAAAGAACGUCAAAAAUGCCACCUUCGCCUUCUCCAGUCGCCUACAGGUAGACGCAUUUGACAGACAGAGUGGUAUACAUAAAAUACAUGUGGAACUAAGAUCUAACAGUACUAACAAAUUAUUCCAUGAAAGCGAUAUUCCAGGAAAUAAAACGGAAGUGGAUCCUGGAUUUAAGACCGGAUACACGACGUCCGUAGGAAGCUUCUUUUAUUACCGUCAUGAUGUGGACAUCAAUAACUGCUGGAUGGUUGUGUCGAAGGAAAAAUUCGCCCAGGAGUUUGUCUUACUAAAUCUUACCGUUUACAACAUGGCAAUGUUACCAACUUCCUACAUCAAAACCAUAACAGAUGUAGCUUCCCUUAACGGCAUGGAUGAAUACUCUGGUCCAAUAAAUUUAACUAUAACUGCAACCUAUGACAACGGCGUUCGUCUGAAUUGGAUCGUACCUCCAACUUGUUACGAAAGGUCAAAGGUUAUAGUACAGUUCCGGUCAUCCAGUGGUCAAGUUCACGUCCGGUUUGUAGAUAAGGACGCCGACUGGUUUGAUUUGACAGGACUGGAUCCAGAAACGAGUUACAACCUGUCCUUUGUAACAGAAUAUGGCCCUCAGAGGAGUGAUCCAGUAUUUCUACACUUCAAAACAGCCGAAGCACCAGCUGCUCUGACCGGUGGAGCGAUAGCAGGAAUUUCUCUUACGUUUUUAAUCAUGUUGGGUGUGAUUGCCGCCAUGGUCGUUCUUUGGCGCCUUGGACGUUUAACUGUUGUAAGAGAAGACAUUCAACGCAGGGUAACAGUGGUCAGAAAGAACAUUGCAAAUAGAUUAACAGCCCAUAAUCCUGGCUAUGAUUGUGAUGAUAUAUACGUAUAUGGUCAAAUGGAUUUCAAUAAAACGGACAAUUGGAUAUUACCCAGUUCUGAAAUUGUGCUGGAUGCCAUGUUGACGAGUGGAAGAUUUGCAGACAUCUAUAAAGCCAGAUACCAACCACAAAAUAACAUGUCCAAACAAAUAGUCGUUGCAAAGACUUUGAAAAGUGGCUACAGUGAAGAAAAUAUGCUGAUGAUGAAAGCAAAGAUCAACUUUUUUGGGAAAGAAGUUGGAGAACACCCAAAUAUUGUUCAUUUCCUCGGCGCUGUCGUUGAUAAUGAAGCAUUUGGACCAUUCAUGGUUCUAGAAUACUGUGAGAAGGGACAACUCCGAGAUUGGUUGUUACAAAAGAAAAAUGCCUGGGCAGAAGACACAGAGGAACAACUAUAUCGUAUUGUCUAUGGAAUCUCUAAGGGAAUGGCAUUCCUCGAAUCCAAAAAGCUUGUGCACAAAAGACUUGCUGCACGAAACAUUCUGUUGACUGAAGAUCUGGAGCCUAAGAUCUAUGGAUUCGGACCUGAACCACCACAACAACAGGGCAACGAGGAAGAAAAGGAUGCAACAUCUGACGAAAAGGAAAGAAUACCUGUAAAAUGGGCGGCCCCGGAAUGUUUAGUUUCACUGAAAUCCGCCACAAUUAAGAGUGAUGUCUGGUCCUUUGGAGUUGUUUUGUGGGAAGUUUUUAGUUUGGGUGACACUCCGUAUCCAGGCAUGCGCAGUAGAGAUGUACAGACUGAAGUCAGAAAUGGCCAUCGAAUGAAGAGACCAGAAUUUGCAAAUGAUUUCUUCUACGGAGUCAUGACGAGAUGCUGGAAGUCGAAGCCGAAAAACAGACCCAGUUUUAGUGAUCUGUCAUCUGAGAUCGGGAACACCUUCAACGCUGCUCCCUCAGACGAUUGCUACUACUAUUCCAGACAAUAAAGAAGUCUUAACUACUGCUUGCAUAUAUAGGCAUAUUGUCUGGGGGUGGUUAUUAAAAUUUCAUUUCACCAUAAUAAGGACUUAAGAAGGAAGAGUUGUCUAAAAUAUAAAAUAUAUCAUAAAAACAUGUGUGAAAACAAAAGAAAAAACAUUUUACAGUGAUAAAACCUUCAGCAUUUUAUUGUGGACUUUGAUUUAAAUUGUUGUGUAUUAAAUGACGAGGCUUUAUAGUCUCUGAAAACUUCUAUCAACUGCCGUGUACAUUUGAUAAAAUACAUAACAUACCGGGGGUAUAAAUCCGCAUUCUAUUGUAAUUAUUAAACUAAUUUGUUGUGUAUUAAAUGACGAGAUUUAAUAGUCUCUGAAAACUUCUAUCAACUGCCGUGUACAUUUGAUAAAAUACAUAACAUACCGGGGGUAUAAAUCCGCAUUCUAUUGUAAUUAUUAAACUAAUUUGUUGUGUAUUAAAUGACGAGAUUUAAUAGUCUCUGAAAAGUUGCAUCAAAUGUUGUGUACAUUUGAUAAAAUACAUAACAUAUAGAUAUAAAUAAAUGAAACUAGAGACAACUUC